CUCGCAUUCACACAACCCAUACACAAUCACCUACCUUACGGUCCCUCCGUCGCCACCUUCCGCCGCCGCGGUCCCCCACGUUGUUCACGUUCAGGACCCACCGGACGAAAUUACACACACGGACCGGAGAAGUACGAGGCUUUGUUGUCGGUCGCUGUCUCUGUCUUGGCUUUUGGAUCCUGCAACUACUUCCUAUUUGGACGAUUAAAAAUACUGUAGUGUUGACAGGAGUGCCUUUGAACUAGAUAGGGGGAAGAAAAUGGAUAAGAAUCUCUUGGAGAGCAACGCAGAGCUGAUAUUGAACCAAGAGGAUCAUCUACACUUAACAUGGCGUGUCCUUGCUCGAGAAGUGAAAGAGGUUUGUUAUGUAGCAGGGCCAAUGGUGGCUGUGAAUUAUUCAACUUUCUUUCUACAAACUAUUUCUUUGAUGAUGGUGGGUCAAUUGGGUAAGCUUGUUCAAUCUAGCACUGGUGUUGCCAUGUCUCUUUGUGCUGUAACUGGCUUCAGCAUUAUGUUUGGAAUGGCUUCUGCACUUGAAACACUAUGUGGACAAGCCUAUGGAGCUAAGCAAUAUAAGAAGUUUGGUGUUCAAAUUCAAACUGGCAUCUUCUGUCUUAUCUUAUGUUGUAUUCCUGUGUCUGUGUUGUGGCUCAACUUGGGGAAGAUACUAGUUUUGCUUGGUCAAGACCCUUUAAUUUCACACGAAGCAGGCAAAUUUGCAAUUUGCUUGAUUCCUGCUCUCUUUGGUUAUGCAACACUUCAAGCCUUGAUUCGAUAUUAUCUUAUGCAAAGUUUGAUCACUCCUCUUGUACUCUCUUCUUCAUUUACCAUUUGCUUCCAUGUAGUUUUUUCUUGGACAUUAGUUUUUAAAUCCAAUUUGGGUCGUUUUGGAGGAGCAUUUGCUAUUGGUACCUCAUAUUGGUUGAACGUGACCAUACUUGCAUUAUAUAUGAAAUUCUCUAACUCUUGUGCAAAUACUCGAGUUCCAAUUUCCAUGGAGCUUUUUCAUGGGAUUAGAGAGUACUUUGGCAUGGCUGUUCCUUCAACUAUAAUGGCAUGCUUCCAAUGGUGGUCAUAUGAGGUGACUAUAUUGCUUGCUGGUCUUCUACGACCAAACCCAGAGCUUGAAACGUCAAUCUUAGCCGUAUGUGUAUCAAUGAACUAUGCAAUCUAUGCAAUACCAGAAUCAAUUGGCUCAGCAGCAAGCACAAGAGUUUCAAAUGCAUUAGGAGCUGGAAGUCCACAAGAAGCACAAGUUUCUGCCAUAUGUUCAAGGAUUAUAAUGCUUUGUCAGGCCAUAACAGUGAGCUCAAUUAUUUUCACAAGUCGGGAUGUUUUAGGUCAUGUUUUUAGCAAUGAGCCAGAUGUGAUACAUUCUGUCACAAACAUUUCUCCUCUCUUAGUUAUGUCGGUUUUUGUGGACUCCUUACAAGGUACCCUUACAGGGAUUGCUAGGGGAAGUGGGUGGCAGCACAUAGGGGCAUAUGUGAAUUUCGGAGCUUAUUAUGUUAUUGGCAUUCCACUUGCUGCAAUUUUGGGUUUUGUGGUACAUAUGAAAGCAAAAGGUCUUUGGCUUGGAAUAACGACGGGUAAACUUGUCCAAGUGAUUUUGCUAUUGAUCAUUAUAAGUCGUACAGAUUGGGCAAAAGAGGCAAGACUGGCUAGGGAGAGGACUUUGCAGAGGACUUUAGCAGAAGAUGAAAAUGUUUUGAUUUGAUCAACUAGAGUGCAUUACUUCUUGCUUUGCAAAUUAGCAUCUUCUUUAAUUUGGACAGUGUGUGUGUGUGUGUGUUUUUUUUUUUUUUUUUUAAAAAAAAAAAGCUUUAGAACCACAAUUACGUGCAUUCUCUCCUUUCACACUUAC